AUGAAAAUAUCCACAUUAGUUCUCUUGGUUAUAAUACCUUUGGUGUUAUAUAAUUUCGUGGUCUCUAUUUCUCAUUCAUUCGAUCUUUGUUCUUCUCUUUCAUCACCACGAGAAAAUGUUAUGAUGUUCCAUAACGUGGAUGAUGUAUCGUCCCUCUGGAAAUCUCAACAACUUAUAUUUAAAUCCAAGAAUGAGAAUGGCUUAAACAAAAUAACAACGUUCAAUAAUUGGAUUGAACCUCUACCUUCUAUGCUUGUUAUGUUGGAUGAGAUAAAUUG